CACCCGCAGCUUGGGGGGGUGCGAGGGAGUCCUUCAGACCCCUUCCCACCCCAUGAGCUAGGAGUCUCUCCGAGCUCGGAUUGACUCCCUGGCCCACUUGGCAUCCAUCUGGCAGCUGAAAUCAGCCUGGGGAAAUCUCUGCGCCUGUUCCCCACUCGAGCACUGCUGAGACGGUAGACGAGAGGGUAGAAAUGGAAGGAGAUAUUUCUGGCUGAUCCAGCAGUGGCAGGUGGAGGAGGGCUGUGCCUACAGCGCCGUCUGCUCUCGUUCCCGAAAAAGUGGCUGGGAACAAGGGGUGCCUUCUGCCCACUGGGUUCUUUGGCUUUCAAACCACCCUGGUCUUGCGCAGCGCCAGGCUGCUUUCUGUUUGCUGGGUGACCCCCCCUGCCUUUGCGAAGGCUGAGGAGAAGGACAGGCAGCGGCCAACGUGAGCAAAUCGGCGGAGAGCGGGAGGAGGUUGGGGUUGCGCUAUCGUCAAAGCAAUCCGGCGGAGGGAGGCUUUCCUCCGCCGUCGUGCCUCGGUGCUCUGCGGUGUGCUGAGAUUCUUCACUCCUCCCAAAACCAGAUGAUGUUUCCUUUGUGGCGCUGGCCGGUCUCCUGGCUCUUGCCCAGGGGCGGCUUUCACUUCUGUUAUCCCCGCGGAGCCGGGGUAUCCCACUGUCCCCGCCGGUUUCUAAUCCGGCCGGUGUGAUCCGGGCAGGAUUGCUGGUUCAGGUCAGUCAUGUGGUGGGCUCUGCUGCCCCGAGUUGGGCAGGGGGGCAGGCAGCGCUCGGCAGGACCCGGAGGGUUUUGGGAAACCCGCUUUUGGCAGCGGAGGUGAGAGUUUUACAUGGGCAGACUGAUAAAGGCCGUGGUGUUUAUGUAGCACGGCUGAAUUUCUCCAAGGCCUGUGACUUCGUGCCGCCUGACGCACUGAUUAAAAAGCUGCAUUAGGAUGAAUUAGCAGGGCGUAUUUGAGCCAAUUUUAAUCCUCUGACGGGCCGUGAAAGGCAGCUGUUUGCGGGGAGAUAGCAGCGAGCAGGGGCCCUGGGGACAGGCUCUCGCUCCGCUGCUCCUUUUCCAGACGGGGUCUGCAAAGCCGGCUGGUGACGUUUGAGGUGACAGAUCACGUCGUAGGGAAGGAGAGCGGGGGGGUUACAUGGCUGGCUCAGGAUCCGAGUCUCGGACGCCUGCCCUGGUUUUCGAGCAUGUCAACAACACAGACUUCAAGCAAUUGUACCAGACGCUAUCUGAUUUUGACAUACGGUUCUACAUGUAUGAAAUCCUAAAGGCGCUGGACUACUGUCACAGUAUGGGGGUCAUGCAUCGAGACGUCAAGCCACACAACGUCAUGAUUGACCACGAGCACAGAAAGCUGCGCCUGAUCGACUGGGGGCUGGCGGAAUUCUACCACCCCGGCCAGGAGUACAACGUGCGGGUGGCUUCGCGGUACUUCAAGGGACCGGAGCUCUUGGUAGAUUACCAGAUGUACGACUACAGCUUAGACAUGUGGAGUUUAGGCUGCAUGCUGGCCAGCAUGAUCUUCCGGAAAGAGCCUUUCUUCCACGGUCACGACAACUACGAUCAACUCGUGCGCAUCGCGAAAGUGCUGGGGACGGAGGACCUGUACGACUACAUCGACAAGUACAACAUCGAGCUCGAUCCCCGCUUCAACGACAUCCUCGGCAGACACUCGCGGAAGCGGUGGGAGCGCUUCGUCCACAGCGAGAACCAGCACCUCGUGAGCACAGAGGCGCUCGAUUUCUUGGACAAGCUGCUGCGCUACGACCACCAGACACGACUCACUGCCCGGGACGCCAUGGAGCACCCGUACUUCUAUCCCAUAGCGAAAGACCCAGCCAGGAUCGGCACCUCGGCUGGACUCUCGGCCAGUAACACGCCUGUCAGCUCCUCCAGUAUGUUGGCAGGUAUUACCUCGAUGUCCGCGUCCCAGCCCAUCGGCAGCCUGGCUGCGUCGCCCGUCAUCUCCUCUCCCAAUGCUUUGGGCUCGCCGGUCCCCGCCGCAGCUGGCGUGCAACCCUGAACUCACCUCUCAACCGCCGGCUUUCCGCAGCGCCGAGGCCGGUGCCGUGCCUGCCUUCUGCCCUCCUGCCUGACCCGCCAGAGCCAUGGGCUCCAGCCGGCAGCCCCUGCCCAGAGGCAGAAACAGG